AUGAAGACAGAUGAAAGCUUUUUCAAUACAGAUGAUGAUGACUUAGAAAUUAAAGAUCCAUUUAAGACUCGUAAAAUUCUUUCAUUAAUUGCUUGCAUAAUUUGCCAAAUAUUGGUUGGAUCAAUAAGCAUAUGGGGAAAUAUCUAAGUCUAUGUAUGCUCCUUUCUGAGACUGUCUUAGCUAGAUUUGGAGGUCGAUGAUGUCUUCAUUAUUUCUCCAACUCAAACUUUUAUGAUAUCAAUAGGGAAUAUAAUUGGUACAAAAAUGCUUCAAAGAUUUCAUCCCAGAACUAUAGUAGGUGGCCUAGGAAUGGGAAUGAUUUUUUUUCUGCCCACAUACGUCGGUUGGAAGUGCUUCCCUAUGAAUAAAGCAGUAGUAACCAGUGUCAUAAUGUGUUUUGGUGGAAUUGGAACAAUAAGCUCAGCACUAAUAGCACUUAUGAUAAUCAAUCCAGACGAUAGAUUCCCUGAUAUAAUCAGUUUAAAAGAUGACAUCAAAUACAAUUACUAUCAUGAAGAUGUUGCUGACAAUGUCCCUAUAAUGUUAAGAUAUUUUGCUCUCGCUGAAUUCAUUCUCAUGAUUCUAGCAUCAUUUUUUAUUUGGAUGCCUCCCUAUCUUCUAGAUAAAGCAGAUGAAAUUUCGAUGCCAUGGAACGUUGAACAAUCAAAUAAUGAGAAAUUAAAAGCAGCUCUAAAAUCUAAAAGUUUUAUUCUGAGCUAUUCAAUGAUGUUUACUGCGGUACUAUACUUCUAGUAUAUUACUAUUAUCUUUAAACCUUUCGGUGAAUCUGUGGGACAUGACGAUUAGUUCUUAACAUUUGUUUCAUCAAUAGGAAUGAUAUUUAAUUGUGUUUCGAGAUUAACUGGUGGAAUCAUUUUAGAGAGAAUGAAUUUCAAGAAGUUCUUUGGCUUGAUUCUAGUUUCCUCAGUCAUUCUCUCAUUCACUUAUGUUCUAGUAGCUAGAUUUCAUCAUUCAUUCGCUCUUUACCUGGCUAUAACCUAUUUCAUUUAGGGUUCAGUAUAAGUUAGUAUGCCAAUUUACUAUGCAAGAAUAUUUGGUCCAGAGAUAGGUUCUUAGGCCUACUCAUAUUUCUUAACCUCAAAUUCAAUAUCUACUUUACUGUUUUCUUUUGUAGUAAGUAAUUUCUCUGGAGCUCUUGGCUAUAGUGGAUUACUUCAAUUUACUGGUACAUCAGCUAUUGUCUCUUUCAUAUUACUUGUGUUUUUACCAAAUGAUCCAAUAGAAUACAAAAAAGAUUGUUUGCUUGAUUAAUCUUCAUUAGAACUAGGACCUGUUUUGAUGGAGAGUUAUGGAGAUUUUGCUCAUGCAUCAAUUUUGAUCAGGAAGGAGACAUUAUUGAAGAGGAUGAGUACUAUAAGAAAGCAGCUUACUAAGAUUUCAAGAGAAUUUUCUAAUGAUAAUUACAUUUAGAUGCACAAAAAAACUAAAUCCAUUAAGAGAGAAGCUUUUGGUGAUUAUUGA